UUUUCUAAAUGAAACCAAAAUCAAAGGACAACAAAGAAAAGGUUGCAGCAGACUACUGUCGAGUGAAACAAGAGUUUGAAGAGCCGAUGAGAUUUGAGGAGCCUUGGACUUUCGAUAUUUUAAAACCUCCAAUUUCCGAUCACCUCACUUCGUCUUCUCCCCAUAUGAAUGAGGCCAAUUUUUUCCUCUCGCAAGCUUUCUCCUGAGAAGUUAUUUGCUUCGGAAUAUGAAAUCUAAAACAAAUGGAACCAUGCGAAGGGCUCAGCUGAUGGAUCGCGUCAAAGGAGACAGACCCAAUUGGAUCCUUAUUGCUGGAGGCGCCUUGCUGAGUACUUUGUCAAUCAGGAUUGCAUGCAAGCUGAAGGAGGUCUUGGAAACAAAAGGUUUAAAAAAAGAUAUUAGAGGGAAUAAGAAUGCUGCCUUGCCACCACGAGGAGUAUGCCAGUUGCAUUCAAAUUUGUAUCAGUUUACUCCAGAUAAGGAUGGUUGUUACCAUUUUGUCUCAGGCCAUGCAAAUAGUGGAAUGCAAAUCAAGCAAGGGUCUGAUAAUCCAAUCACAGAAGAAUCAGAACUUUCUCUUCCACUUGUGAGGAUCUCAGCUGCCGAAUUAAACAAAGAUUCUAAUGGCAACACGAUGUGGGCAUCCUCCCCUGAAGUGCUUGAACUUCCCUACAAGCCCUUUAACCAUUCUACUGGUUCAGACUCCCCGUCGAUUUCUGAAUCUGGGUCUGACAUCCAUACCAAAAGAGAGGUAAUAAACAAAUUACGGCAGCAGCUCAAAAGACGUGAUGAAAUGGUGAUGGAGAUGCAAAAUCAGAUUGCGGACCUCCAGAAUUCCCUUUGUACUCAGAUGUCUCUAGUGGCACAGACACAGUCUCAGCUUGAUUCAGCAAACCAAGAAUUGUUCGAUUCUGAGAGAGAAAUCCAAAGGCUAAGAAAGGUCAUUGCUAAUCAUUGCUUUUUGAAACCCAGUUAUUCUCCAGGAAAGCUGUCAUCUGUAGCUAACUGGCGGCCGGAGACUGUAAAUGGUUUUCCUGACAGCAUGAAUGAUCUUGAUAUGCACUGCGUUGGGGUGCAGAAGGAGAAAGGAGAUGAGGAGAGGAUGUGUUUGCUGAAGAAAGAACUGGAUGACUUGCGGGUGGUGAUUGAAGGAAAGGAUUUCUUACUUCAGAGUUACAAGGAGCAGAAGGUUGAGCUAUGCUCAACAAUUAAAGUACUGGAGCAGAGGUUAGAAUCCAAUCAACAGAAUUUCAUUUAGUUUGGUAGGAGUCUCAAAUGUUUCAUGCCUGGGGAGUUAUUUUUUUGUUGCUAUUUUUAUUAAUAUAAAUUUUUUUCCUUGUCUGUAUGCUUUUUAAGUGGGUUGGCAAUUUCUUCAAUAUAAUUAGUGCUUGCAGGUGUUGUGAAUAACCAACAUUUUCAAUUUAGUUUAAUGAAAGAAUGAGCUUUGGAACUAAGCAUCAAUAGCUAGGAAUUCUAAAUAAUUCAUGGAGUUUGAAUUGGUAUUUGUAGUGGUUAUGAAUCUCAGCUUAAUAUA